CUAUUGAACUCAGUAGGGCUUCGUUUGAGUAGACAUGCAUAGAAAUGCAUGGUAAAGGGGUCAUGUGUAAGUUGCACUGUAAGAAGCUUGAUUCUAGUCUUGCAUCUGCCAUGAGCUUUCUAGGUAGCCUUAGAAAAGCCAAUAUCUCUAAACUUCAGGGCCCCCCCCCCAAAAAAAAUCUGCAGUAUGGGAUAAUAAUGCUGGCUGCCCUUACAAUGUUGCUGUAAGGGUUAAUGAGACAAUGUGUGGAAAAUACUUGGAACUUGCCAUAUAAACGUUAUCAUGACUUUGAGAAAUUGAGAUAAAUACUUUGAAAUUUUCCUCUUGUGCUCUUACCACGUGUAGUCUCCUCGAAGUUGGAUGAGUUGCAUGGUCUCUCUCUGGAACAUGGCAGUAGCAUGCUUGAUGUGAAUCACAAGCUGGAUAAACACUGCUAUCCCACCACAUUUUGAAGGUUUUUAGACUACAAAAUGCUAAAACUACUAACAACAGCGUCUGAUUUUUGUGUGUAUGCUAACGUUGGGUGAUUACUAAAUGAAACAUUAGAGAAAUGAGGAUCUUAACCUACGUCAAAUUCUAGAUACUUGCUUAAUGACUUGGGAAGGUUUUCUUCUUUUUGGCCUUUUGUGCUGGAGUAAACUCUGUGUGUUUUAAAGGAUCUGUAUAUGGUUUGUUUCCCAAUCAUGCUUCCACGUUAACAAAUGGUUUGAUGUGUAAGAAUUCUUCAGGAAGAAGGAGGCAGGUGGCUUAGUAAGAACCAAAGGAUACAACCCCUUCAUAUUUUUAAACCUGUGUGAGACAGUUGGGAAUUGGGAUGUUAAUGAUCAUGCAUCACUACUUUGUGACACAUGUUUCUUUUUGCAAAUUGGUGGUGACCACUGUUUAAGGUCGGAGAGGUGGUGACUCUGGUGUGACUGAAAUGGGGACCUGAAACCUACUAGAUGUCAAGUGGAUAACUUUCUAAUCCACUCACUAACACUGCCUAUCUUAAGCACAGAGCAGGGAAUCGACGUUUUGUGACUGCAAGCCAAAAGAUUACAACAUAAUUUGGCAUUUACCAAGCAUCCUGAACUUGGCAGUAACAGCUGAUAGAUGUGUUGACUGUGAAAGGGUGGAGCAGAAUUUUCAGCUGAUACUGCAUUUAAAAAUCUAAUUGUAUUCUGAAGUGUGUGUGUGUGUUUGUGCGUACCUGCAUCCUUCUUAUUUGGGACAUGCUAACUCUAAACCUUCCCUGUGUAUUGUGUCUCCAGUUAUCUGUCUUGAAGGUAUCAUGGAUGCUGGUUAGCAGAGAACCAGGUCUCCUUGAAUGCUACAUUUCUGCCUUGCCGCUUAGGGAACACUGCAUGACUUUGUGACUGGGUCUCUCCUAUACACACACCUACGCAUGGGGAUGCUGUACACUGCAUGACUGUAACUCUACCCCCAGUUCCUGGGGUCCCUAUGGAAGUGAUGCGGACAGCUGAGGAGUCCAAACCAGUUGCCACCAAGAAUCCUGAGGUGGCAGGCAAGGGUUCUCAGGCUGGGACUGCUCUAGAGUCAUCAGCUCCUGCCACUCCAAACCCUUUUGCUGGUGCUUCUGAAGCACCUGCAGCCUGUUUUUCUCAGCUUCCUGUUCAAGCACCAGCUGCUGUUUCCGGCUCCUCUGUAUCUAGCGCUGCCCACCCUCCCUCUUCAUCCCAUGAUGCUAACUCUCCCCUUGCUGGACUCUGUCCUUCCAGUACUCCACUGGCACCUACUGACCUUGCUGCCUCACCUGGGCAGCUUUUCUCCUUUGUGGCUCCUCCUUCCUCCUCCUUCCCAACGUCAGUCUCUCCUGGCUCAGCCUUGCCUCCUAGUGUCCCAGCUGUGGUGACCCAGAUUCCUUCUUCUUCCCUGAAGCCUCUGGAUCUGGCUGAUGCUGCCCAAAAAGUUAGCCCCUCGUCUCCCAGCAUUGCAGUAGGGCCUGUAGCUUCUGCCCCAGCCUCAAUAAUUUCCCCUGGGUCUCUUAGUUCAGCUCAUCCAGCUACCCCUGUGAGCCCACCACUGGCAAUAUCUGCGGGCCCAGUUCCUCAGGUGCCAUCAUGUCCUAUUCCAGCUCCUUUCAUUCUCCCAGUUGCUCCUGUUUCUCCUCCUCUGGUCCUUGGACCCACUGUUCUCCCUGUUGUAUCAAGCACAGUUCCUCUCAGCUCUCCUGUCAGUCCCACAGUCCCUAAGCCUCAUAGCACUAUGAUAUCUCCUGCUUCUCCUUCUAGACCCAAUAAUUCUGUUACAGCACCUCUUUCUCCUCUACCCUUUGCAGUGACUACUCAAGGCUCUUCAGCCUCUCCAGUGCCAGCAUCUAGUCCUGUGGCACCCCCAGGGCCGCCUGUGGGGUCUGCUUGCCACCCUGUGAUUCCUUUGGCAUCUAUAGCUGGCCCUGCAGCACCUGCUUCCUGCCCCUUGGCUUCUGUGGUGUGCCCUGGUGCCCCUCCUUUGUCCCCAGCAGGGCCUGCUCCUAGACAACUGAUACCUGCAGGGCCACCUGUGAAACCUUCUGGCCCUGUGACUCCUGUUUUGGCACCUGUUUCUAGCCCUGCGUUUGUGGCUCCAGCAGAGCCUGCUCAUGCACCCAUGCUACCUGCAGGGCCAUCUGUGAAACAUGAUUCAGCACCUGUUUCUGGCCCUGUGGCCCUAGUGGGUUCUGCAUCUUGUCCUGUAUCACCUGUUUCUAAGUCUGUAACUCCUGUUUUGACAUCUGGUUCUGGUUCCCCUCCUGUGUCCCAAGAAGUACCUGCUCCUAUUCUGUUGGCACCUGCAGUAGCAACAGUGAAACUUGAAUCUCCUGCACCUACUUCUGGCCCUCUAACCUCAGCUGUGCCUGUUUCCCAGCCUGUGGCCCCUGUUCUGGCCCCUCCUUCUGCCGCUGUAACCCCAGCAAGGCCUGCUUCUAGUCCUGUGACUCCUCCUUUGGCUAUUGCUUCAGGACCUAUAUCUUCUUCUGAUGCUCUAGUAGGAGUCGCUCCUCGACCAUUGGCACCCGCAGCUUCUCCUUUGCCACCAACUUCUGAUCCUGUGGCUCCUUCUCCUGGCCCUGUGACUCCAGUGGGGCCUGCCUCUAGUCCCAUGGCUCCUCCUUUGCCACCUCCUUCUGGAUGUGCAACUCCUCCUAUGGUUGCAUCAGAGGUUGCUUCUAAGCCACAAGCACUUGCAGUGCUGGCUGUGAAAUCACCACCUCCACCUGCACCUGGUCCUUUAACCACAGCAGGGCCUGCUUCUAGUCCUUCAGCACCUCCUCCUGGACCUGUGGCCCCAGCAGAGUCUCUUUCUAGAUCAUUGGCAUCUGCAGUGCCACCUGUGAAACCCGAUUCCCCUUUGGUUUCUGCUUCUAGCUCUGUGGCCCCAGGAGGACCGCCCCCUAGACCUGGGGCACCUUUUGCCGAAGCUGUGCCUCCUCAUUUGGCACCUGUUUCUGGCUCCAUAGCCUCUCCUGUGGUUGCAAAAGUACCUACAUCCAAUCAAGUGGCACCUACAGUUCCACCUAUGGCAUCUUCUUGCCCUGUGGCUCCUCUUCUGGCACCUGUCUCUGUCCCUGGGGUUCUUGCUUCCUGUCCCUUGGCCUCAGCAGGGCCGGUUCCUAUGGCCCCAUCAGAAGUAGCUCCCAGAUCACUGGUGCCUGUAUCUGGACCUGUGGCCCCAGCAGUGGUCCCUCCUAGACCACUUUCCUCCACAGGGCCACCUCUGAAACCUGUUUCUGGUCCUGUGGUUCCUCCUUUGGCGCCUCCAUCUGGGUCUCUGGCACCUCCUGCAGUACCAGAAGGGGUUGCUUCAAAGCCAGUGCCACCUGCAGUGCCACCUGUGAAACCUACUUCACCUUUGUCACCUACUUCUGGUCCUGUGCCCCCAGCAGGGACCCUUCCUAAGCCACUGGCCCCCACAGGCUCAGCAGUGAAACCACCUCCUUCUUCAUCCCAGCUUGUGGCUCCUCCUCUGGCACCUCCUGUGGGCCCAGCAGGACUUGUUUCUAAGCCAGUGCCUCCUGUAAAACCUGCAUCUCCUUUGACACCUACAUCUGGCCCUGUGGCCCCAGCAGGGCCUCCUUCUGGUCCUAUACCUGCCCCUGUAACUCCUCUUGUGGCCCCAACAGUGCCUGCUCCUACCCCUUUGGCACCUGUGGUGCCUGUUGCAAAACCUGCUUCUCCUUUGGCAGCUGCACCUGAGCCCUUAGUUCCCUCUGUUUCCCCAGGUGUGCCUGCCUAUAGCCCUGUACCCUCAACAGCUCCCUCAGUGGCCCCUCCAGUUCUCCCUGCAACUUCUGCAGCUGGCCCCAAAGGCCCUUCUGUAACUGUGACCCCCACUGCUUCCCCUAAGCCUCCUGUUGUUUCUGCUUCUGGCUCAGGAACCUCCCCAGUGUCACAUGUUGUCUCUCCUCCUGGCCCUGUGGCCACCACUUCCCCACUGGCUGCUUCUACAUCCUCUGCCACCCCGAGCACUCCUACUCCUCUUUCUCUGGUGACCCUUGGCUCUGCUGCCUUGCCCUUGGAUGUCUCCCAGGUCCCUGUCACCUCUGCUGGGGAUAAGGCACCUCCACAAAAAACAACACCUUUGCCUCUUGCACCUGCUGAUCUUUCUGUUUCUGCCACAGCUACAAGCAGUCUCACACAGCCUGCUUCCCCUGUGCCACCUCCUAAUUCCCCUGUAAAAAAGCUAACUCCCUCUGCUGUGCUUCCUAAGCCAUCACCAGUUUCACCUGCAUCUGGUCUAGCAUCUGAAGUGCCGCCCAAACCCCCCACCCCUGUCUCUGCUGUCAUUGAAGACGACGAGUUGCCGCCUUUGAUCCCUCCAGAGGUGCCUGCUGGGGAGCAACCUCUGCAGCCAAUCCUGGUGGAUUUCUCUCCCAAACAAGCUGUGGCCCUUGCUGAGGCCCCAGCAACUGCUCCUACUGCUCCUCUUCCUCCUCCUGCCAAACAGCCUAUCCUGAAGAAUGACAAGGGGUCUGGAACAGAAUCUGACAGCGAUGAAUCAGUGCCAGAACUUGAAGAACAGGACUCUACGCAGGCCACAACACAGCAGGCACAGCUUGCAGCAGCAGCUGAAAUAGAUGAAGAACCAGUUAGCAAAGCAAAACAGAGUCGGAGUGAAAAGAAAGCACGGAAGGCAAUGUCCAAGCUUGGCCUUCGUCAAGUCACAGGUGUAACCAGGGUUACAAUCCGGAAAUCCAAGAACAUCCUGUUUGUUAUCACCAAGCCAGAUGUCUACAAAAGUCCUGCAUCAGAUACCUAUAUAGUAUUCGGUGAAGCAAAGAUUGAAGAUCUCUCACAGCAAGCACAGCUGGCUGCUGCAGAGAAAUUCAAAGUGCAAGGAGAAGCCGUUUCAAACAUUCAGGAAAACACACAGACUCCCACUGUACAAGAGGAGAGUGAAGAGGAAGAGGUUGAUGAGACUGGUGUUGAGGUGAAAGACAUCGAAUUAGUGAUGUCCCAAGCGAAUGUUUCCCGGGCAAAAGCCGUUCGCGCCCUGAAGAACAACAGUAAUGAUAUUGUAAACGCUAUUAUGGAGUUGACGAUGUAGCCACCCAGGAAGGGGAACUUUUUGGUUGUUUCAGAGGAGAGUAAAUUGCAGCUGAAUUAAAUUUGUACUAUUUCUAUCAAUUAAUAAAAGUUGUGGUUUCAAAGGUU